GUGUGUGUGUGUGUGUGUGUGUGUGCGUGCGGGAGGAGCAGCAGCUCGUGAGGGGUUCGCGCUGAAAAUACCUGAGCGCUACCUGUUUGAUUCAGUCUUAAAAGUAGUUUGAUGUAAAAUAGUCCAAAGGAGUCUUUUAUUCCGAAUCAGAUUAAUCUCACGCGAGACGAUUCAAGAUCCGGUGCGAUAAGAGAGUGAAAGUAAAACAUGCUCAAACGUUUAUUCUAUAAUGUUUCUCUUUUAACAGAUGAUCAGAUGGAAUAAAUAUUUAUCACCGGCCUGUCAGCGAUGACAUAAAACCGGACUCAAUCAUUCCACGUGAUAAAAGAGAUACAGCUCAUCGUAUCCAUCCAGCUUUCUGUUUGCUUUAAUAAAUGCGGACUGGCUCUGAGAUCCGAUGGAUCCAUGUGAAGAUCCCGCUGGAAGACCUGAGGAUCAUGAGCUCCAGGGGUGGGAUGUCUUCUCACAGCAGGAUUAUUUGGAUUUAUACACAUCCCUUUCUGAUUCCGCAGAAGAUCGGAGGACUCGAGAGCAGGUGAAUGAGGAAACAGCUGGAGCAGCUCCACUAAACAGGUCCAGUCCAGAGCUGAGACAACCCAUCACGACCCAGACCUGUGGCACCACGGACUUUUGGGACAUUAAUUUAAUUGAUUCAGCACAAGGCAGUAACAGUAGAACUGCAUCGCUCUGCACAUCAGCGUCGCAACUACUAUCAGAAUAUGUGCUCAAUCACAAUGAGUGUAACUCGAGCGUGGUGUGGGCCCGCGUGGCCCCUGUGCACGAGUCUCUGCUGGAGUCCGCUGAACUUCUCUUCAAUGUGUCCGUGCCAUGGCUGCCCGUGGAACUACCGUACAGAAGCAGAUUAAACAGCACAGCCCGGGAGCUGAUGGAGGGAGUUUUGGUGACUCUAGAUCAUUCUGCCUCAGUCAGUGGACAUUACCUGAUGAAACUCUGCGACUCAGAGGAGUAUCUCAGAAGUGAUGAAAUCUUGGGAUUGUAUGAACGCAUCCAGGUGUAUCAGAAGUUUGCUUCGGAUGUUCCAGUGAGGAUGGUGCUCAAGGACUCCGUUGACAAAACACUGACACGAGAUGAGGAAGAUGACCGGCAGGUGUUUCACUUUAAUCAAGUCCUUGCUUCUGCUUGUGCAUUCAACACUAUAAGGUCAUGUCUGCAGGAGAAACUGAGCAGCUACAGCCAGGAAGUAAACAAGCUCUUGAGAAGCCGGUGUGGUGGAGUGAGGGAGGUUGUGGAGAGCGUUCAUGCCGUGUGUGAGCAGCUGUGUGGCGUCACUACAGUAGAUCUGGAGGAGGCUGUCGGACGGCUCCAGCGCUUCGCUCCAGUCACACUGACUCGAGCUGAAAUGUGUGACUGUGAAACUGCUGCAGUCAUGCUCCAUCACGCUCUGCUGAAGCUGCUGCACAUUUUCUUCACAAACUUUGAUUUGGACUUCAGAGGACAGGAGGACCAUCCGAAUCCACCUACAGCAGACGUCACGCUCCACAGCUGCAUGCUGCAGGUCAGCCUGACGUGCCUCUACAGACUGCUGCCCGGUUGGAUAAACAGUUAUGAUCACUUCAGCGUGAGCUGCUCGCUCACGUACUGCGGCAGGAAUCUGACUGAACCUGUUCUGUCUGAGAACAUCAGCACAUCACUGCAACUCAGCUGCAAGAUCCAGUGCAACCGGCUAUUGGUGUUUCCCGUUCCAGUAAAGGAACUUCCAUAUGAAGCGAUGUUAUCUUUUCAUCUACUGGGCUCAAAACAGGCCAAAACCCCCGAGCUCCUGUGCUGGGCGGUCCUUCCUCUUUUUAACAACAGGACUCUAGUUCGUGGCACAGUUCUGCUCAGUAUGUCCACACAGGUGCCGCCCGUCUGUCCUCCGUCACCGGCACUGAGUGACAUCCAUCGACAGCCCACUGGAGUCAUUCUACAGAUUGAUUUCCCGGAGUCUGAGCAGUGGCGAUAUGAGCGAGUGGCGGCUGGGCCCGAAUCAGUCCUGGAGUCGGCGCUGUGUGAAGAGCUGCAGAAGAGAGUAACAGAAGUGUGUCAGAAACACUGCCUAUCGCUCAUGACUGACAAUGAGAAGGCCUUCCUGUGGAGCAAGCGGCACAUCUGCAGUCAGAGGAACUCGCGCCUGUACUUGGUUUUGGGCAGCGCGCCGCAGUGGAGACCGCAGAACCUGCCGGAAAUAUACUCCGUCCUGGAGCGCUGGAGCCCCGUGAGCGCCGAGGAGGCCCUGUUCCUCCUGAGUGAUGAGUUUCAUGACCAGUAUGUGCGGUCAGCGGCUGUGCAGUGUUUGCAGCAGAUGUGUGACAGUGAGCUGGAGGAGUUUCUGCCGCAGCUGGUGCAGGCUCUGAAGAUGGAGUGGGACAUCGAUGGGCCGUUGAUGAAGCUUCUGCUCUCAAGAUCUUUGCACUGCAUCCGUAUCGCUCAGCAGCUGUACUGGUUACUCGUGGACUCUCUGGACGACUGGCUCUAUAAGAGUUGGAUGAAUAAGGUUCUGUCGGCGCUGAAGCACUGCUGCGGUCGCGCUCUGAGACACGAGCUUCAGCGCCAGAGCAGAUUGGUGGAUCUUCUCACUCAAGUGGCGGAGAAAAUCCGUACAGCUGACAAAACCAAGAGAAAGGAUGUGUUUAGCCAAGAGAGAGGGAAGAUUGUGAGCUUUUUUGCAGAUGGACAGUCCUGCAGGCUUCCGUUAGAUCCAGCGGUUGUGGUCAAAGGUGUGAAUAUUGAGUCUUUUAAGGUCUUUAAUUCAAACGCAGCGCCCAUGGAAGUGUCCUUCAUCACCGCUGACCCGCUGGGCCAGAACUACAGCCUCAUCUGCAAAACCGGAGAUAACCUGCGGCAGGACAUGCUGGUGCUGCAGAUCGUGCACGUUCUGGACCGCAUGUGGAGACUGGAGGGACUGGACAUGAGGAUGGUCACCUACAGAUGCAUUUCCACUGGACGAGAUCAAGGUUUAGUGGAAGUGGUGCGUGACGCCGUGACGCUGGCAAAGAUUCAUCAGGAGUGGGGUCUGUCUGGAGCGCUGAGGGAAGACACACUAGAGAAAUGGUUCCAUAUGAGGAACAAGACCAAAGAGGACUACGAGAAGGCCGUAAUGAACUUCCUUCACUCCUGCGCCGGCUGGUGUGUCGCCACAUUCAUUCUGGGCAUCUGCGACCGCCACAACGACAACAUCAUGAUCAAACACAGCGGCCACAUGUUCCACAUCGACUUCGGCAAGAUCAUGGGUAAUGCGCAGAAGUUCGGUAGCAUCAAGAGAGACCGGACGCCGUUCAUCUUCACGCCAGAGAUGCAGCGCUUCAUCACGGGCGGCGGGGAGAAUCCGCAGCGCCUGCAUCGCUUCGUGGAGCUGUGUUGUGAUGCAUACAACCGUCUGCGCAGACGCUCCGCUCUGGUGCUCGCUUUGCUGCAGCUGAUGCUGGCGGCCGGUAUUCCUGAACUGAAGGACAUCCAGGACCUAAAAUACGUUCACAAAAAACUGAGACCUCAUGACUCUGAGCUGGAAGCCACUUCAUAUUUUACUAAAAAAAUCAAGGAGAGCAUGGAGAGUUUCCCAGUCAAGUUAAACUUCCUCAUCCACAAUAUGGUGCAGUUUUCCUCCGUCAAGCGUUCUGAAGCGCAGGCUAACAGCCAGAUCUCCUCCAACGCUAACAUACAGGAGGCUGUGAUUCAGAAAUAUACAGUGAACGGCAAAGACGUGACGUACGAGCUGAAGGUGACGAUUGAAGACGGAUACCUCAUCGUUCAGAAGAGCUUUGCUCAGUUUGAGAUGCUCCACAAGCUGCUGCAGAAGCACUUCAUCGAGUCCACGCUCCCAAAGUUCCCCAGCUGGUUUAACAUGUCCUUUACAGCGAGCAGGAAGAUGUCUCUUCUGAACAAGUAUCUGAAGGAGCUGUUCGAAGGGCCCUGCAAAGGAAACGAAUACGUCUGUAGCCUGUUUCUGGACGGACCGAACGCUGCUGUCAAGACAGAAACGGAUGCUCAUCUCCGACCGCAGAUUCAGCUCUACCUGUCUUAUAAAGACUAUAAGUUAUCUGUGAUGAUAAAGCAUUUGAAAAAUAUUAGGUUGUCUAGCGGCGCGUGUCCGGACGCCUAUGUGGUCACGCGACUAAGACCCGACCCACAGGACAAGAGCAAGAGGAAGACCAAAGUGGUCCGCAGCAAUGACAAUCCCACGUUCAAUGAGCUGAUCGAGUACAGGAACGUGCCCAACCUCCACGGCCACGUGCUGGAGGUGACGGUGAAGAGCAGGAAGACUUUUGUAGCGGCUACAAACGUGGUUCUGGGAGACAGAGUUCUGGACCAGGAGAAGUGGUUUCCUCUGGGCUUCUCGGCUGUGUAAAGAUCAGCAUUCACAGAACCAUCAGCUACGUGCUUCUGAUGGACAUUAUGUGUGAGGGAGGACAAAUGUUGAUCAGUAUUAACAGAACUCAUUAAUGAAGAACAGUCCAGAUGCCAGGCCUGGUUUCUCCCAAGCUGU